AUGGUUUCUAACGGACCCACCGAAGCUGCCGCAACAAUCAAACCCGCUGUCAAAAAGUCUCCAAAUGGCGAUAAAUCAGCCAAUAAUAAAACAAAUGGAAAUGGUAAUAAUAAACAACCUGGAAUUGGAAACAAUAAAGGAGCAAAUAAUGGAAAUAAUAAAGGAGGAAGAAAUCAAAAAAAUCGGAAUCAACAAAACCGCAAUGGAAAUCGGGGGCCAUACAGUCGUCAAGGGCCACAGCCAUUCCAGAUGAAUGGACCAGGACCACGUGGACCUGGAUUUGGAUUCUUCAAUGGCCCUAGACCAAACGGACCAUUCAUGGAUGGCCCAAUGGAUGGGAGAAACGGACCGCCAAUGCCAGGUCUAGUUAUUUUCAAAAGACCGUUCAAUGGACCUCCACCGUUUUCUUCGAACCCGCCGUCGCUUAUGGACAUGCCUCCAAAUAUGAUGCAAAACGGACCUCUCACAAAUGGACCACCUGGACAAGCACCGGUUGAGGUUCCCGGAUUUGGAAAGAAUAGCAAUAUUCACGAGCUUUUUGGAAAAAUGGUCUGGAGAAAAAUGGAGCAAAUUCGCGAUGAAUCGAUAUUGGAUUCGCUUCAGAACCGCAUAAUGAAUUUGAUACAUGAAGCAAUUUCAGCUCAAAAUAGUAAAAGCAACGAAAAGGGGCCAAUGUUCGCUGGAAACACUUCUCUGACGCCAGCAAGUCUCGGAAUUAGCAAUGCUGGUAAUAACGGCCCAAAUGGACCACCACGCUCGGCACCAUUUGGACAACCGCCUCAAUUGGGGCCUGCAUUUGUGAACAACAAUGCGUUCCGUGUGAAGGAGGAGCUCGAAAGUGUGAACGCCGGCCAUAUUACACUGGCCGAGAGCGACUUGAUUGAUAAUUUGAUCCCGAAAUCGCCUUCGUUUAUGGUCGAUGAGACAAAUCGGAGAUUUUUGCUUGAUGGAGAGCCAUUCCGAUACAUUUCUGGUUCGAUUCAUUAUUUUCGAAUUCCGAAAUCUCAAUGGGAUGAUAGAUUGCACAAAGUUCGUGCUCUUGGAUUCAACGCCAUUCAUUAUUAUAUUCCGUGGAAUUUUCAUGAGAUUGAGGAAAACAAAUAUGUUUUCAACGGCAUUCAAGAUUUUGCCCGGUUUACCAGGAUUGCUUUCAAAUUUGGAUUAUGGACGAUUUUGAGAAUUGGUCCAUAUGUUUGCGGUGAAUGGGAAAAUGGAGGGCUUCCUUCAUGGCUUCUCACGAAAAAUAUUACAAAGCAAAGGACCAGCGAUCCAGUAUAUCUAGUGGCUGUCGAAAAAUGGUUUUCGAAGCUUCUGCCUCGCAUCAAGCCCCUUCUGCGAAAAAACGGAGGUCCAAUUUUGAUGCUACAAAUCGAAAAUGAGUAUGGAAGUUACGGGGUUUGCGAUAAGAAAUACAUGAGUUUUCUUCGUGAUCUUACUCGCAAAUAUGUCGGCGAUGAUGUUUUGCUUUUCACGACUGAUGGGAGCAGCGAGGAGUUGGUCAAGUGCGGAAGUGUUGAUGGAGUCCUUCCAACUGUCGACUUUGGUCCGUCAGAUGAAAUUGAAGAAAUUCACAAAAACUUUGAAAUCCAAAGAAAAUUUGCUCCAAAUGCGCCACUAGUGAAUACCGAAUAUUACCCAGGAUGGUUUGUCCUUUGGGGACAGAAAACUCAAAGUUUGCCUUCCAUUCAAACAACUAUUAAAGGAAUGCAAGCAAUGUAUGACUCUGGAGCAAACUUCAAUUUCUACAUGAUUCACGGCGGAACGAAUUUCGGAUUCUGGAAUGGAGCGGAAGUUGAUGCGCCGGUAAUCACUUCAUACGACUAUAGCGCCCCAAUCAGCGAGGCCGGAGACAUUACCCAAGCAUAUCUGGAAAUUCGAAAAUGGAUUAAAGGAUUGAAGGAUUGGCCGAGUCCGCCUCUAGAUGUUCCUGAAAAUACUCAAAAAAGUGCGUAUGGCAAGGUUAAUAUGAAGCGUGUUCAUUCAGUUUCGGAAAUUCCGCAAUAUCACAAUGAGCCUGGACAAUGUGUCACCUCCGAUCAGCCACAGACCUUCGAGAAGCUUGACCAUUCACUGGGUCUCGUCUCCUAUCUAGCAAAUAUUCCAUCAUGCGGUACUCUGGAAAUCGACAAGUUUGGAGACUUUGUCUACGUUUAUUUGAAUCAUGAAUUCAUGGGAACCCUUAUUCGAAAUUUCGGCAAAACUUCAGUGCAUAACAUCACAAUUGAUGGAUGCAAUUCGAAUGACGACAAUCAGUUGUUCCUACUCGUCGAAAAUCAAGGUCGGCAGACAUUCGAGACCAUCGACGAUCAUAAGGGAAUCAUUUCCGGGGUUCGUGUCAACGGCGAACUUGUGCACACGUGGCAACAAUGCGGCAUCAAAUUGCCGUUGACGGCGAAAAAUUUGAAGAAAAUCAAAAGAAAGGUUGAUAAUUUUUGUGAACAAGGAAAUCAAUUUCCGUUUUUUUUGCAAUCCAAUCAAAAACAAGGCGUGUACUUCGGAGUUGUCGAGGUAAAGGGAAAACCGGCUGAUUGCUGGAUUGAUACGACGGGAUGGGGAAAGGGAAUCGCAAUUGUCAAUGGGAACAACAUUGGAAGAUAUUGGGCAACUCAAGGCCCACAGAUGGCGUUGUUCGUUCCCGCCGAGUACCUCAAGUCCGGCGACAACAGUGUGAUGCUCGUUGAGCUCGAAGGCGGAGAAGCGGCGUGCUCAAGUGACACUUCAUGCGAUGUCGAAUUCAUCGAUCACGCCAUAAUUGAAUUGAAAAAAUCAGUACAAUUUAUAUGA